AACAGUGACAGUAUGACAGUUGACGUUUCACAAAAACAAUUCACGUUUGUGGCAUAACCAAUGUUUGUAUCUACUGUUUUUAUUUUACUGACUGUUUUUAAUUUGUGAGUUAAAAAAUAUAUUUCAAAUGAAUAUACUUGCAUACAUUCAGAAUACAUAAAAUAUAAUAUCGAUUGAAGAUCUGUAUUUAAAAAGCAACCAUGGCCUCACAAGCUUUAGCCUCUCUCACAGCCACUUACACAGAUUCAGAAGGUGAAGAAGAUAUGGAAGAUGGGCAGCAAACUCCCGAAAAAGAAGAUACCAAAGUCACACAGGCAGAACCAAGCCCGAAAGUGGUUGAUGAAACUAUAAAGAAUUCAUCUGCUCCCCCUUCUCCUAAAAGAAGGCUAGUGUCAUACGUCGACGAUACAAUCGUAUCAGAUGAGGACCAGAUGUCACCAACGGCUGAAAGCCAAGACGACAUGAGGAGGUUGUCUAUGGAAACUGACACUGAUGAUGCGGUACUCCGCUCAGAUGCUGACGAUUCACAAGAUGGUGUCACCAUACCCCCUGAACCUGCUGGAAAAUGUCCAAAAGAGCUGCAGGAAACAAUUGCUAAGUUCUACAAUAGAAUGCUAACAGAAGGUUUAGAUAUGAAUAAAAUCAUUCAAGACAAAAAAAAUUUUAGAAAUCCAAGUAUAUAUGAAAAAUUAAUUCAAUUUUGUGAUAUAAAUGAGUUAGAUACUAAUUACCCCCCAGAGAUCUAUGACCCACUCAGGUGGGGAAAGGAGUCUUAUUAUGAUGAAUUAGCAAGAGUUCAGAAAGUGGAAAUGGACAGGCGAGAAAAAGAAAGGAAGGAAAAAUCAAAAAUAGACUUUAUAUCUGGGAAGAAGCCAGAAAGUGACGAUGAAAAGAAAAGGAAGUCCAAGUGGGAUCAGGCAGCUCCAAACGUAGCAGCAAAGCCAGCUAUCAAGCAGCCUGGUCUUCUACAGCAGCCCCUCACCAGCAAUGUGACGGGAACCAAAGGGACAGUAAUUUCAGCUUUUGGAUCUAUUAACAAGAAACCAAAAAUUUGAUUUAAAAGCAUGUGGCAAUGUGUUGACUCUGAAUCAUAGUAAUUUCGAUGAUGAUGAAUAAAAAAAAAUCAAUAAUAGCUUUAAGACAAAAA